AUGAAAAAGUUCUUUUCUUCAAUAAAAAAUGCUACAACUUAAUUUGCAAAAGGACUUUUUAAUUCAAAAGAAGAUAUUUAAUAAUAAGAAAAUAAAUAGGAUAUGACACCAGAAGAAUAAAUAUAACAAUGUAAUUUAAUUUUUAGAAAAUAGUUGAUGAUUACAUUAAAAGUUAUUUAGAUUCUCAUAAAGAAUUAAAAGCAAAAAUUUUGACAAAUCGAUUAAACUUUAAUAAUGCAGUACUUGAAUUGUCUUGGAGAAAACUAUUGGAUAUCAAAAAUCUAUACGCGAAUGAAAGAAGAAUUAAUUUCUAACCAAGAUUAGUUAUUUUAGAAUAAUAACAUUGGGAGAGAAUUGUGAUUUAAGUAGCUGAAUUAAUUUAAUCUUACUAUGAUAUUCAAACUUAUUAUGAUAAAUAAGAAUUAGUGAAAAUAGUAAAUAAAUAAUUAAAUUUAUAGAUCAAAUAAAAAGUUUUGGAGGAAUAAUGUAUUAAGAUUUUGUUUAGUAAAGAAGAAAUGAAAGAUUACUUCUAAUUUUAUGAAUAAUCAGAUGUAUUACUAUUGUAGUUGAAAUAAUAAUUUCCUUAACUUACCUUCGAAUAUUCUCAGUGUUAAAUAAAGGAAAUUUAGAAGUAAUAUUUAAUAGNUAACUGUCUUAAGAGAUAUUGUACUUGCUUUCAUAGUGGUAGAACUUGCUUAGAUGAAUGUUAAUGCAAAGACUGUAAAAAUUGUGCUGAAUUUGCUGAAAUUAGAGAUGAAGCCAUAAAUCAUAUUUAUAAAAAAUGCCACCGUGAUAAAAAGGUUCCAGCAACUGAAUUACUAUCAUUAUAAAUGAGUUAUGGAUGUAAAUGUAAAACUACUGGAUGUUAAAAAAAGUAUUGUGAAUGCUUUAAGAGAGGAUAAAUUUGUGGAGAAUAAUGUUCUUGUGAAGAUUGCCUUAAUAUUCCAUUUAAUCUAUGCUAAAAGGAUCUUAAUAGAAAGAAAACAGUACAAAAAUGA